AUGGAUUCGAAUCAAUUUAACCACACGCCUAAGUUUGUUGAACUACUUAAUAGUCAACAAGACAAUUUCUUUUGUUUUCUUGAAGAUAGUGCCCAACUAUCUUCAUCCAAACUCCCUGUUUUUGGGACUCAAGGGACUGAAGCUUCAAGCGCUAAAGAAGAUACUCCAGCGGAGCAUAGAGAAAGGAGGAUAUGGACGCCAGUCGAUGAUGUUGUGCUGAUUAGCUCUUGGCUAAACACAAGCAAAGAUCUGCUUGUAGGCAAUGAGAAACGGUCUGGUACCUUCUGGAAAAGGAUUGCAUCAUACUUUGCUGCAAGUCCUAAGGUAGCAGGGUGUGGGCAGAGGGAGGCGAGUAACUAUAAGCAGCGCUGGCAGAAGAUAAACGAACAAGUCAACAAGUUUUGUGGGUCUUAUGAAGCUGCAACUAGAGAGAAAAGCAUUGGGCAAAAUGAGAAUGAUAUUCUGAAAAGAGCUCAUGAGAUCUUCUUCAGCAACCACAAAAAAAAAAAAUCACCCCUGAACAUGCUUGGAAAGAGCUACGAAACGACCAGAAAUGGUGUGAGCUUUCAUGCUCAGCUAAGAGGAGGAAGUGUGAGGAUGGUUCACAAUCUGCAACCUCUCACACAAAUGAAACAAAGAGUGUGGAUGAUCGUCCCCCCGGGUGUCAAGGCAGCAAAGAGUAAGAAGGCGAAGGAUCUGGCCAUGAAAGAAAGGCUGUCGAAGAUGAGUCUCCUUGACAGUCUGAUUGCCAAAAAAGAACCCUUAGCUGAGUAUGAAGAAGCUCUCAAGAAGAUCUAA